GGCAUUGGGGGAGAGACGGAGAGAUUUUCCCAACUUUCCUUUUAGAGGGUGUGUGUGAGAGAGAGAGAGAGAGAGGAUGGCUGCUGGGGCGAGAUAGAGACAGAUUUCCUGUGGUAGAGAGAUAGAAAACCCAGAGAGAGAAUGGACACCUUGGCACUAGAAGCCGCUCAGCCCAAGCGGGCUAUGAAUGCCCCCAUGCUCACGGGGCUCCCAGUGCCCAUGCCAGCCAAACGCAAACCCACCAAAAAAACUAAAAAAGCCGUUGUCUUUUUCGAGGUGGAGAUUUUGGACGCCAAGACCAAGGACAAGCUCUGCUUCUUGGACAAGGUGGAGCCGAAUGCAACCAUUGGAGAGAUCAAGUCGAUGUUCCACAAGAGCCACCCACAGUUUUAUCCUGCCCGACAGUCCAUCCGUCUCGACCCCAAGGGAAAGUCUCUGAAGGAUGAAGACGUGCUGCAGCACUUACCUGUGGGAACCACGGCAACCUUCUACUUUCGAGACCUGGGAGCCCAGAUCAGCUGGGUCACGGUGUUUUUGACUGAAUACGCUGGCCCACUGAUCAUCUACCUGAUGUUUUACUUCCGUGUGCCGUUUAUUUACCCGCCCAAAUAUGACUUCACCACGAGCAAGCACUGGGUCGUACACUUGGCGUGUAUGUGUCACUCCUUCCACUACGUCAAGAGACUCCUGGAGACACUGUUCGUCCACCGCUUUUCUCAUGGAACCAUGCCUCUACGCAAUAUCUUCAAGAACUGUACGUACUACUGGGGAUUUGCAGCAUGGAUGGCUUACUACAUCAACCACCCACUAUACACACCACCUACCUACGGAGAGCAGCAGGUGAAAGUGGCCCUCAUUAUUUUCCUGUUCUGCCAGAUCGGAAACUUCUCGAUCCAUAUCGCACUGAGAAAUCUACGACCACCAGGAUCUAAAACGAGGAAGAUCCCGUAUCCGACAAAGAACCCCUUCACCUGGAUCUUUCUGCUCGUUUCCUGCCCUAAUUACACAUAUGAGUUGGGCUCAUGGCUGGGCUUCACCCUGAUGACUCAGUGUCUGCCGGUGGCCUUCUUCACACUGGUGGGCUUCAUCCAGAUGACCGUGUGGGCAAAAGGGAAACACCGCAGCUACCUGAAAGAGUUCCGUGACUACCCACCUCUGCGUUCUCCAAUCCUGCCCUUCAUCCUGUAAAAACCACACCCACUACCUGACAUCACCUACAGAAGACCCUAUGCCCUUCCUGGUUCCGUUCCAUCUCGCCACGCUCCCUAAAGCCUUCACCAAGGGCUGCUUUCACAGCAAUGACAAUUUUAUUAGCUUGAUCUGAUAACUGAAUAAACGUGUCCAGGGGGUGGACGAGGGACGAGGUAAAGGGCUGCUGGUGAGAUUCUGGACUUGACUGUUCCUAAACCACUGUUGUGUUUAACACCUGUAAACUAAAACAUGCGUUGUGUGUGUUUUUUUUUUUUUUUUUCCCAGCUCAAAUUAUUCAUGCAGUAUUCAUGGACGUGUAGUCUAAUAAAGAUUAAUAAAACAAAACAUUUUAUGA